AUGGCUUCCGCGGCGGCCCAGACCAAGGAACACGAAGCGGCCACGUCUCUGCAGGAGCUGCAUGGAGGAGGUGGGCUGCGUGACCUGGGCCGAAUGGACCACGACGAUGUGGGGGUGCCUGGCACGGGGCGCCCACAGCUGUGUUCGGCUCUGGGAAGUUGUCCCCAGAGCUCCAAGCACAACAGAGGUCAGAAGUUGCUGAACAAGGUCCUGUACUCCAUCUCCCACGUGGAGAGACAGGAGGCCAACAGAGGCCGCUGUUGGCCCAGGGUGAAAAAGCCAUCUAACCUGAUCGAGUAUGAUGUCCACGUUGGGUGGAGGGCCCAGGAGGACACGCUGCAGAAGCUGGUGGACCACCUGGUGCCAGCCUUCCUGGGCUUUGAGCCCUCGUAUGUUCCCGCCUUCCUGAGAAGCUACAGAGCUUUUGCCACCACCGGGCAGGUGCUGAACGCACUGUUAGGAAGGUUCCCAUGGUUCCCUCCUACUGAUGAAGGUGUACUCCAGGAUGCAGUCAAACGUGCUAUCUCGUCCAUCCUGGCCACCUGGCUGGAGCAAUACCCGGAAGAUUUCGAUCAUCCCCCGCAGUACACCAGUCUGCACGUGCUGCUGGACUAUGCACAGCUCCUCCUGCGUGACUCAGAGCUGGGGCACCGUGUGCAACUCCUCCUGGGACAAUUGCAGCACCCGGAGCCCACUGAGGCAGAACUAGAGGGGCCAGCGGAAGCUCCAAUUCCACAACAAGAGCUUGUGCCACCUCCAUCUCUGUUGCCAGAUGGAGCUCCACAGCCAGAACAGGCUCACACACCAGCUCUGGAAACCUCCAGGGAGCUCACACCAGACCCCACUGUGGCAACAGCUCCUGCUGCAGAGCCAGCGAAUGCCGCAGAUUCAGAUCCAGACCCCACCCCAGUCUCUGACCUACUGCAACCUUGUGGGCAGGAAAUGCCUGUUGCUGAGUCCCAAGACCUUGAGCUCUUUGCAGCUCCACAGCUGGCACCUGUCCCUGGGCCAGCGCUCACAGCCCCCUCCCUUACUACACAAUAUGUAGUAAUGUUCAUCUUUCUCCUUUACCUCCGCAUAAGAAAUUACUAUUCAGUAUACUAUAAAAUUCACUUUUAAUAAAAUUUACUAUUUUAACUUUUUAAGGUA